AGGUCAUGAUAACUAAGUAAACAGAUUAAAUAACACUGCGCAAGGACGAGUGUCAAGUCACAGAUGCACAAAUCAUUUAGGCACUACUCUUCAAAAAAAUCAUACAGGUCAAAGAUGGACAACCAGACAUUCCAGUACAGCAAACUAUUAGUGGAGGGACUGCAAGUUACAUCUCAAUCAACCCUUCCUACAUUUAUUCUUCUUUUGAUGGUUUAUGCAUUUAUAAUGGUAUCUAACAUUGGGAUGAUGGUUCUGAUUUCAGCAGACAAAUGUUUACAUCAGCCUAUGUAUGUUCUUUUCUGUAACUUGACACUGAAUGAUAUUUUAGGGACAACUGACUUUGUGCCACCUGUGUUGAGGAAUUUAUUGAUAGAGCCUUCUGAGCGCUAUAUCACAUUUGUGGAGUGUGUUAUUCAAGCUUAUUUUGCUCAUUUGAACGGUACAGCAUCUCACACUGUGAUAAUGAUUAUGGCCUUUGACAGAUAUGUGGCAAUAUGCAAUCCACUGCGAUACCCGGCUAUAAUGACCAGUAAUAUGGUGGUUAAACUUUCGGUAGCAGCCUGGGCUGUUGCAGCUGUGCUGGUGGGAAUAUUGAUCGGCCUCAGUGUGCGUCUCUCCCACUGCAGAUCUGUGAUUCAAGGCAGCAUUUGUGACAAUCCUUCAUUAUUUAAACUAUCCUGUGAAAAUACAGUGGUUAAUAAUGUAUAUGGAUUAACCUUUACUGUUGUUUUGUUUACCUCUUCAGUAGUGUGUGUUGCAUUGACAUACCUCAGAAUAGCACUGAUUUGCUUUAAAAGUAAAAACAAAGCGACAAACAGCAAAGCCAUCAAAACCUGCAGCACUCACUUGACUGUUUAUAUAAUCAUGCUGAUUUCUGGAUCUGUUACAAUAUUACUUCAUCGUUUUCCUGUAUAUGCUGAAACUAGGAAAUUAGCUGCCAUAAUCCUUCAUGUUAUUCCACCAGCCUUGAAUCCAAUCAUAUAUGGUGUACAAUCCAAGGAAAUAAGACAAAAGAUUCUUAAACUAUUUAGAAAUCAAAUAAAUGCAAAGUGAUUUUAUUUUAUUUACAUGUUUAUGGUAGAACUCUGUAAUUACACUUUCUGUGAUUACUAAUCAGUUUAUAUUUAUGCUGAAAUUUACUAUAGAUAGCAUUGCAUAAACUGCAUAAAUUUAUAAUAUUACUCCAGUAAAGUAAUUAAGUUGCCACCCAUUUAUCAAUGUUUUUUUUUUUUUGUGAAAUUUAAAACACACAUUUGUUUAAUUUUUGAUUGUGUAUUAAAAAAGUUAAACUCUGUCACAAGAUCCCUUUUCUAUUAAAUGCACAUUUACAGUUUUUCUUAGUCACUUUGGUGCGUUUCUCACAACACUAUUUAUAUUUGCUCAACAGUUAAUGCCUUUCUCAAAACAAUUAGUCAUUUGUGCACAUCAUAGUAGCAGUGUCUCAUUCCUUCCAACAAAUUGCGAAUGCUUUUGGACAUGCAUCAAUUGCUUUCAUACAAGUUUCUGCUGUUUAUAACAUUAUAAUUCGCUUAUGUCAUGUCAGUCAAAAUUAACUAAACUUGUAAAUGCUGAAUAGUCAUCCCAUAUAAAACUAAUAGUCCUUAUUUCAGUACUUGAGUCAUUACAUCCACAAAUGUUGAACUAGUUGUCAAAAUCUGUCACGCAAAAAAUUAUAAACAUUAAAAAAAUAAAUAAAUAAAUCCUGAAAAUGUCUUCUAAAUUGAACAAUUUCAUGAAUGAUUUACAGACCUGUGUAUGCUGUAGGUUCAGUUUUAAUAUGUACUGCAAUAUUGUUUACAGUUGUGCACAGCUCGACUCAAAGGAAGUUUAUGUUUGUUGUAAAGAAGUGUAUAUUUAUCCUUUUGCACAAUGCUGUGAAUAAAUUAUAAUUGCAAAGAGCAAAUGCAGUAAAAAUGUGAAACAUAUCAGUGUCUUGUACUCGGAUACCUCAAUAAAUGCAGUGAUGUCU